AUGGUGCGAGAAGCAACGAUAUUUGGGCGAGCGAAAGCGAGCGAUUUUCAACCAUCUGGGUCGAAUCCCACAGCUCAACCUGGACAAACUACUGGGGACACAGAGGAGAAUGUGACUGAACAAGAUAAUGUGUUGAAUACCAAAGAUGGGAAGAAUCAUGGUCAGUUACCUCCUAACAAGGCAGCCCCUGGAGGGGCUAGUAAACUUGAUGGAAAAUCAGAAAAUGAUCAGGCACUAUCCACAAAAGAGCUGGACAGUCACAAAACUAAAGGUUGUGGCCAAAAUACCAGUACACUGGUGGAAGAGGCAGACUAUAGUCAGGAUGCACCUCCUACAAAUCUGGACAGUAACAAACAGAAAACAAAAGGCUGUGAACUGAGUGCUACUGCAAGCUCAUCUCAGGCUGCAGAUUUGGCACAGGAAUAUGAAGAACAAGGGAAUAACAAUGCAGGGACCAUUCUACAAAAUGAUGGAGAUGGAAAGUUCACUGAAGUUGGGAAUAAAAAGAAGAUCCAACCACCACACCCAUCCAAUAAAAAUCAAACUCGAACUAUAAGUGGCGGCGUGCUGGUGACUGGUGAGGAUGAGAAAGAGAAUGGGAGAUCUGUGAGAGAAUGGGUGCUGCAAAAUGGAUUUGAGAUAAAAACCAUAAAUAUCGCUGCUGCAAAAUGUAGCAGCACCGUCGCGACUGCCGCGACUGGGCAGCGUCGAUCCAGUCGCUGCUGCGAGACUGGGCAGCGUCGAUCCGUGACUAGGCAGCGUCAACGCUGCCGCUGCUGUGAGGCGUCGCGAACGGCGAACUCGCCGAGAGUAGAGGAGAAGGGGCGCAACGAUAAAUGGAAGGCUGGGCUAAACAGUAAUAAUGCUAAUUCCGGGUACGGAUCCGUCGGGUUGAACGGUGGCUUCAACAAAGGAAUCUACUCGACCCCUUCUCUGAAUUUUAACAGUUACAGUAAGGGUAAGAAUCUAAACAAUGUUCUGGCGAACGGUAAGAUAAAUAAAAGUGGUAAAAAUGAAGAUGAACAUUGCUAUGGUGCGAAUAAAAGUGGAAAGAAGAAUAAGAAUAAUAAGGAGAGCAAUAACAACAAUAAUGGUGAAAACAAGAGCGCUUCUGAUAAGAGGUUCAAGACUUUGCCACCCUCAGAAUCUCUGCCUAGAAAUGAAACAGUUGGCGGGUAUAUCUUUGUGUGCAACAAUGAUACGAUGCAAGAGAAUCUCAGGAGACAGCUCUUUGGCUUGCCUCCCCGUUAUCGAGAUUCAGUCCGAGCAAUUACUCCAGGAUUACCUCUCUUUCUCUACAACUAUUCGACCCACCAACUUCAUGGAGUUUUUGAGGCUGCAAGUUUUGGUGGCACGAAUAUUGACCCAACAGCUUGGGAAGACAAAAAAAACCCUGGUGAAUCGCGCUUCCCUGCUCAGGUACGUGUGAUUACAAGAAAAAUCUGUGAGCCUCUGGAAGAAGACUCUUUCAGGCCAAUUCUUCACCACUAUGAUGGUCCUAAGUUCCGCCUCGAGUUAAAUGUCCCUGAGGCGAUCUCGCUCUUGGAUAUUUUUGUAGAAGACAAACCUUUGAGCGUUUGA